UUGUAUUCAGUGAUAUCCUGUAAUUCCUGUUCUUUACACUUGGGUUCUUAUAAUAUCUUAAGUGGAGCAACAAGGAAACAUAAAACACUGACACGAACCAGAGACAAAACAGACCCACCUUCAACAAAUUAGGGAGGAGUAUAGUAUCUAACUGGAAAGUAAAAUAUAUACAAUUACUCAUAAGGUUGAAGGUUGAAGCAUGACUCCGACAGUGUCUCAAGGUGAGGUUUUGAUGGUCUUCACUGCCACCUCAAACCCAAAGAGCAGAUGGCCCCUACUGUGUCACAUUCUGAGUUCUCUGUGCUACGGUCCAGUGUGUUUUGCAUCUCCGGAAAUGGAAGAGAAGCUGACAGAUACCCAGAGAGUAAUUGGGAGUCUACAGAUAGUAGUUGCAGUCAUGAAUCUUGUGUUGGGACUUUUUGGCAUCAUCUUCUUUAUUGUUAACAAUUCGCCCAGCAGUAUCGUGAUGCCAGUUCUUCAGCUCUGUGUGGCUCUCAGUUUCUGUGUUUUAACCAUAAAAUCUUUGUUCAAGAAGGGUGGGAGGGCAAAGUUGGUGGAGAACACAACUUCAGAAUCUACCAUUGGAAAAAGCAAAUAUUCACUUCCGUUUGGUCACAGUUGUGGCAUGACUCUUGCAUUGACUCAGACUGUAAUGACUGUACAGAUAAUAGUUGGUGUCAUGAAUAUCACGAUGGGUUGUUUCGGCUUCGUCUUUGCUUUUUGGAUCGGCGGUGCGUUCCUUGUUGUUGGAAUUGUGUGUGUUCUUGCAGUGACAUUUCCCCAUCCCAGGCUGCUGGUCAUCACAGUGGCUCUGAAUGUGGUCAGUGCUGCACUGGCUAUCACAGCUGCUGUGCUGUAUUCAAUGGACCUGGCAAUGGGAAGCAGUGUAAGCUGUUACAAAGAAUAUUAUUAUUCAUCUAAUAAUGUCCGGUUUGCUCAUAAAAAGAGUAACUUGGAGCCCUGUGUUUACUACAAAAAUCUCAGUCAGAUGAUGCUCGGAAGACUAGAUAUCAUGAUGAUAGUGCUGUCGGUCCUUCAGCUCUGUGUGACCAUCAGUUUCUGUGUCUUGACUGGAAAAGCUUUGUGCAAGAAUGAUGAGGAUGCAAAGUCGGUGGAGGAUCCAGAACUUCACAAGCUGCUCCUGGAAGAUGACACUGCAGGUGCUGCAUGAAAAGAUGAACACUUUGCAUGCAUAUUUUUGUUUGAAUAUUCAUCAAAUGUUGUCUUUUCACAGAUGUUAUGAGGAUAAUGCAUCUUGAAAAUGUGAUUAUUUAAAUAAAAUAAAAAAGAUGCAAAUAGGUAAUCAUAAAAUAUGCCAUGAUGUUUUUUUUUGAGUAUGGAAAUCUUGCCUGUUUCUUAACCAUUUCAUGCAUGACUGACACAUUCAUCACAUUAAGUUUGUUUUUAUUAAAACUAAUCCAUAAAUGGAAAUUUUAUAUGUAAUUUAAAUACACAUUUUUAGAGUGUGUAAUUAUUUUCAUAAUUGUUUUGACUCAUAGAACACUUAUUCAAUAUUCAAGAGCAAAGAAAGUCCUGUUGAUCUGUUACUGAUGACAAACCGGUCUGCUUUUAGCUAACAACUUUGCUUUGUGAUUCAUUAUUUUGCCACUUUCUAGCGAUUCAAUGUGGUCUAAACAUGUACAUUCAGUACAUCUCCUGAAUAUGCACAACGAAUGUGAAGAGUGCUAUACAAUUAGUUCAAUUUAGGUUUAUCUAUAAAAGCUAGCUAAACCUUCACCAGAAGUAUAAAAUUGAAUAUUGUAAAGUCGCAUUGGGUA